CCUGUUCAUAUUUUAAGUAAGUCAGAAUUUUUACAGAAACAUACAAUUCCAUCCGAGGGCGUUCUCAUACAUCAAGGCAAGACUAGCAAUGUUGUGGCAUCUGUUGGUGAAUCAGACCACUUGGCACCUGGCCUAAGUCAGCCCAUCACCACCAGACCUGACUGUCAGCUAUGUGAGUUAACUGUUACAACAGAUGCAGAGAGAAGGUGGAUCAUAUCAGAGAGUGAUCUUCAACAUUCAAAUAAUAUUUUGGAGGAUAAAGAGAAUUUACCGAGACAAAACAUAACAAACUGCGAUGGCUCCCCUAAACCAGUUGUAAAUAAUUUGAAACAAGUUAACAGUCCACAACAAAUGAGUCCACAUGCUUCAAAUCCUCCACAUACAGCACUGAGGGGUUUUUCAACAGCAGCAGGGG